UGUCCGGGUGUGCGGAACUCUGCCCGCGGAACCUUUUGACUGGUGUGUAACGGGGAUCUAAUUAUGUGUUGCACCAGUUGCACAAGUGUUUGUGUGCGUCCGUCAAACAUGUCCGGUGCUGUGUUCCCGGUGCGGUGAAUAACGGGAGUUUCUUCAAAGCCAUGCUGCUGCCGCUGCUGCUGCGUCCCCUCCGCCCUCAGGCCUCCGUGAUGCUGCCGCGCUGCGUCCGGACGCUCCGCUGCGACGCCUCCAGGACGCCGCUGCACCCUCAGGCCGAGCACUUCCUGCGCCGGAGGCUCCCCCCGCGCCCCCCCGUGCACAGCCGAGGCACCAAGACCCGAGGCAGGAAGUCCCAGGAGGAGGAGUGGAAAACCCGGAACAAGACGGUGCUGACGUACAUCACGGCCGCCGGCGUGGGGAUGAUCGGCCUGUCGUACGCCGCCGUGCCGCUCUACAGGCUCUACUGCCAGGCGUCGGGGCUCGGCGGCACGGCGGUGGCCGGACACGACGCCGAUCAGGUGGAGACGAUGGCGCCGGUAAAGGAUCGCGUUCUCAAGAUCAGCUUCAACGCAGACACGCACGCCAGCAUGCAGUGGAACUUCAGACCGCAGCAGACGGAGAUCUUUCUGGUCCCCGGUGAGACGGCGCUGGCGUUCUACCGAGCGAAGAACCCGACGGAUAAACCCGUCAUCGGCAUCUCAACCUACAACGUGGUCCCCUUCGAGGCCGGGCAGUACUUCAACAAGAUCCAGGUACUGCAGUACUCAUAGUACAUGUACUUCAGC